GUUUUAUUGCGUUUUUGCAAUUGAGAAAAAAUAUUAAGAUCGGCUGUCGGAUAAGGAGUCUGACUAACCGACGUCGUUCAGCUAAAUUGUUAUGUAAAUAGCUCUGCCGUCAAUCGUUGAUUUUGCCUGUGUGUCCGCCGACCCCAUCGGCCGAAUCCCUCCCGUAGCUGUUUUUGUUAUUUGUUUAUAUAAAACCCUAAUUCAUCUCCCUCACACUCGGUUCAACCAAAACAACCGCCAUGGAUCAGCUUCUGUCUUCCUAUACAGACGCCGACGACGAGGAACAACUCUCCUCUCCGGAAUCUUCUCCGGUCAGAACCCUCCCGGCGAAAUCUUCCGCGCCCACGGUAGACGACACCAUGUUAGCUCUUACGGUUACCGGUUCCAAAGGCGGGCAAUCGAAGCCCCUGGAUCCGACCCAGCAUGUGGUUUCGUUCAACCCGACUUAUGACCAGCUCUGGGCGCCGAUUUACGGUCCGGCGCAUCCCUACGCCAAAGACGGCAUCGCCCAAGGGUUACGGAAUCACAAGCUAGGGUUUGUCGAGGACGCCGCCAUCGAGUCCUUUGUGUUUGACGAGCAGUACAAUACGUUUCAUAAGUUCGGUUAUGCUGCGGAUCCCUCCGCCAAUAAUAUCGUCGGCGAUGCGGAUGCGCUUCAGGAGAAUGGUGGAUUGUCGGUGUAUAAUGUCCGGCAGAACGACCAUAAAAGGAAGAGGAUUGAGAAGAAGAAGGAGAAAUUGGAGAAAUUAGGCGAAAUUGAUGUUGGAGAAGAAGACGAGGAAGGUGGUAAUGGUGUGGAUAAUCCCGCGAGCGAGGCGUGGAUAAGGAAGAAUAGUAAGAGUCCUUGGGCUGGGGAAAGAGAAGGCGUAGGCGGAGAGUUGACCGAGGAGCAGAAGAAGUACGCCGAGGAACACGCCGCGAAGAAGAGGAAGGAAGGAGAAGGGGAGAAUGAAGGUGGUGCUGGUAAAGGCAAUGCCGGCGGCAUGGUUGAUAAGAGUACUUUCCAUGGGAAAGAGGAGAAGGAUUAUCAAGGAAGGUCGUGGAUCGCUCCUCCUAAGGAUGCGAAAGCUACUAAUGAUCAUUGUUACAUACCCAAAAGAUUGGUGCAUACUUGGAGUGGACAUACUAAAGGGGUUUCGGCCAUUCGAUUCUUCCCCAAGCAUGGUCAUUUGAUACUGUCAGCUGGAAUGGACACUAAGGUGAAGAUAUGGGAUGUGCACAAUUCAGGAAAAUGCAUGAGGACUUACAUGGGGCACUCCAAGGCAGUUAGGGAUAUCUGGUUUAGUAAUGAUGGGAGCAAGUUCUUGACUGCCAGUUACGAUAAGAAUAUCAAGUACUGGGAUACAGAAACAGGGCAAGUUAUAUCAACUUUUUCGACUGGAAAGAUUCCGUAUGUAGUGAGGCUUAAUCCCGAUGAGGAUAAGCAGAAUGUGCUUCUGGCUGGGAUGAGUGAUAAGAAAAUUGUACAAUGGGAUAUGAAUACAGGGCAGAUCACUCAAGAAUAUGAUCAGCAUUUAGGAGCUGUUAAUACAAUCACUUUUGUUGAUAAUAAUAGGAGGUUUGUUACUUCAAGCGAUGACAAAUCCCUUCGUGUUUGGGAGUUUGGUAUUCCUGUGGUUAUAAAAUAUAUCAGUGAACCUCAUAUGCACUCAAUGCCAUCCAUUGCCUUGCAUCCCAACUCCAACUGGCUUGCUGCACAAAGUUUGGAUAAUCAGAUUCUUAUAUAUAGUACAAGAGAAAGGUUUCAGCUUAAUAAGAAGAAGAGAUUUGCAGGGCACAUUGUAGCUGGUUAUGCCUGCCAGGUCAACUUUUCACCUGAUGGGCGAUUUGUCAUGUCUGGAGAUGGUGAGGGCAAGUGCUGGUUUUGGGAUUGGAAGAGUUGCAAAGUGUUCAGUAAACUUAAAUGUCAUGAAGGGGUGUGUAUUGGAGUCGAGUGGCAUCCACUGGAGCAGAGUAAGGUUGCUACAUGUGGCUGGGAUGGUUUGAUCAAAUACUGGGACUAGUGGUGAAGCUGCAGAUUGUACCGAAUUUGUAUGGUCAAGCCGGUCAAUUGGUUUGAAGUUGGCGUGAGUUUAGGCUUCAGCAUAGUUGUAAAACUAUCGAUGAUCAGAAUUUACUAUGUUGUACUGUACUAUCCUCUAGAUUUAAGUCAAAUCAGGUAAAUUUAGGUCGCUGUAUCUGUUGUGAAAAAGCAGUCGUUACUAAUCUUUGGUUUGCCUGAAAUCCACUAAUUUUAAUUUUUUUUACCUGUUCUUAUACCUUUUGCUUUUUCUCUUUUUGUUUUCAGUGCCAACUGGUACUGGGUAAUCCACUAAUUCUAUACUUUGC